AUGUUUCAACUAAAGUUUGGUCUACUUUUGGUGAUCCUUCUGACUGUGGGCAAAGGAGGAGGAGCUGAUGAGGAUUCGGCAGAAGUAGCCACAACGACUACCAAAGCCAUCACAAUCAGUGAUGGUGAUCUCAAUGCGGAAACAUGUGGCAAGGAACGUCAAGGCUGCUGCUCGGAAAUCUAUUUAGGCGAUGAAGAACAUUUGGUUAAAUGUUUUACCAUACACGCAGCCAAAUUGCCAGCAGAGGGGGAACAAGAUAUGGCAAAAACCAUGAAAUUCUUAUCGUGCUUUGUUGAGUGUUUGUAUAAGCAAAAGAAGUAUAUAGGUAAAAAUGAUAGCAUCAAUAUGAAAAUGGUCAAAUUGGAUGCCGAAAAUAUGUAUAAAGAUUAUCCCAAAGAGAAAGAAUAUCAUAUUAAAAUGAUGGACUUUUGUCGCAAAGAUGCUGUUACUCUAUACAGUUUGCUCAAGGCAAGUCCUGGCGGUGCAACCCUACUGAAAGGGGCCUGUCGUCCUUAUCUCUUGAUGGUUUUUCUGUGUCAAAGUGAAUAUCACGAGAAACAUAGUUGUCCCUAUUUUCGCUGGGAGGGCAACGAUAAGGAGAAGACCACCAAAAUGUGUCAAGAAUCGAAAGAUAAAUGCUAUAAAAUUGAUGGUCUAAUUCCACCUAAGAAGAGUAUACUUUGA